AUGUCUACUCUAUUGAAGUCUGCCAAGUCAAUUGUUCCAUUGUUGGACCGUGUUUUAGUUCAAAGGGUCAAGGCCGAAGCUAAGACAGCUUCUGGUUUGUACUUGCCAGAAAAGAACGUUGAGAAAUUGAACCAGGCUACUGUUUUGGCUGUUGGUCCAGGUUUCACCGACUCUAACGGUAACAAGGUGACUCCAUCGGUCAAGCCAGGUGAUCAAGUUUUGAUUCCACAAUUCGGUGGCUCCACUAUCAAGUUGGGUAAGGAUGACGAGGUUGUUUUGUUCAGAGACUCCGAAAUCUUGGCCAAGAUCGUCGAGUAG